UCAUUAUCUUUGACCAAUCAUCAAUGAAUGUACAAUUCAAAUCGAAAUGAUUCGGUCAAUUGAUUGGAUGCUAUAUCGUUUUGAUUUUGUUCGUUGUCGUAGUCGUAAUUUUAUUCAAUUUCGAGAUAAAAUGCAUGAACAAUGUAUGCGCCAUAUCUUGAAUGUGGAUCAUCAUCAUCAUCAUCAUCAACCAAAUAAUGACCAUAUUCAUGAUUCGAAUAGAGUGUGUGUGUGUGUAGAGGCAGCCAAGUUACCAAGUUUAGAAUAGUAUAAAAGGAAAUGAUUAUGGGUUCAUUCGGGUCAUCAAACAAAAUAACAUCAUAAAUUGAUUUUUCUUUUCUUCUCAAGACGAUAAACUCUUCUUCUUCUUCUUCUAAUUUUUGUAUAUCACCCAUUUCGAAUUUGUUGAUCGCACUUUUUUUUUUGAUAUAUUAAUUUUUGUGCAUACCGUCAGUAACAAAAAAAAAAACAAAACCAUGUCUCCAAUUUCAACCGAAACGAAUGCCAUCUAUGGCCAACAAAUACAAUCGAAAACAAAAUCAACAACAAUCAAUUCAUUUGAUGAAUUAUUACAACAGAUUGGUAAAUUAUUCGAAUCAAAUGAAGUUGAUGUUGAUCAAUUAAAACAAUUGAUGCAUUCAUAUGAAAGUAAUCCUGCUGAUUGGAUUAAAUAUGUGAAUCUUUCCAAAGAACGUUACACACGUGUAUUGAUCGAUGGUGGUAAUGGAAAAUAUAAUCUAAUGUUGUUGUGUUGGCCAGCCAAUACUGGUUCAUCGAUUCAUGAUCAUCCGGAUUCGCAUUGUAUUCUUAAGGUCUUGGCUGGAACCGUAUCCGAAGUACGUUAUUGUUGGCCUAAAGAUAGAUAUAGAGAUGACCAUAGUGAUAAUGGUAUUGGCGGACAUGAUAAUGAUGAUGAAUCUAUGAUUGUUGUAGAUGAAAAUCGUUUACAAACACAAAACGUUGCUUACAUUAACGAUUCAAUCGGUUUACAUCGUGUGAUGAAUCCGGAUCCAAAAAUACCAGCAUUUUCAUUACAUUUAUAUAGUCCACCAUUUGAUCAUUGUAGAAUUUUUGAUGAAAAAACUGGCAAACAUCAAAAGAUAAAUAUUGGUUUUGAUCCAAAAGAAAUUGAAUCUGUAAAAUAUCGUGUUAAACAUACAAAACAUGCUCAUGUUCAUAAUCAUAAUCAUCAUCAUCAUAAUCAUUUUGAUUCAUUGGGAAAAGAUGUGCUUGUAUUCGAAAUGGAACAACAACAAAAACAUCGUCGACAACUGGAUGGUAAAACUCGUGCCUAAUUUUGUUUGUUUGUUUGGCACUAACAAACAGUACACAAAUAUUGGAUUUUUCUAUUCUAUUUUUUCUGUUGCUUAUUUCCACACACACACACACACACACAUUUCUCUAUUUAAUAAUCAA